AUGGAGGCCUGUAAAAGUGCAGACGUUCUUCCGCAAGACGCAGUAUCGACGCUACUUUAUCGUACAGGAGCUAGAGCAGCCGGAGCAGCCGGAGCAGCCAGAGCAGCAGCAGCAGCAGCAGCCAGAGCAGCAGCAGCAGCAGCAGCAGCAGCAGCAGGAGGAGGAGAGGAGGAGGAGGAGGAGGAGCAGAAGAGCUAUCAGCAGCGGCUAGCCUAUCUAUCAUGCGAGUGCGGCGCUAUUGAGCGCAAGGAUCGCGAGAAUAUAGAGCGUAUAGCUGAAGAAGCUGAUGCCAAAGACCGUACGGGCUGGUUCAAGCGGACGCAGUGGGACGAGCACCUACAGGCCUACCCAGACUGGCAGCUACUAUCGUACGCUAUACGCCUCCCAACAGCGGAGGAGCCGCAGCUACAGCGCGUUGUACAGCUUGUAGAAGGGCUAGUAGAGGAAGCCGUACAGGGGCUUAGCACGCUACCUCAAGAUACGCUACGUUGGCUGCGCAGUGCAAAGCUUCAAGAGCCUAACGUCCGGCCGUUCAGCCUAGCUGUUGAGCAGACGCCAGCAGUGCCAGCAGCACCAGCAGUGCCAGCAGCACCAACAGUGCCAGCAGCAUCAGCAGCACCAGCAGUGCCCGAGCUCGCCGGCAUCGCUCGUCUCUUCCCAUAG